UGGCUGAUACCACAGAAGCAGAGAGCUGAGCAUCACACAUUGCCCCCCCUUUCUUCUAUGUUCGAGGAUCAUUUUAUGUGGACAUUUCCCCCUUCCAUUUCAAUUUUCUCAUCAUGGCUAUGCAUGAUAUGAAUCGUGCAAAGGGUUUCCCUUGCAAAGAAUGCGACAUGAUAUGCCCAAGUACAACUAGCCUCCUGGAGCACAUGAAAGCCCACUAUCACCAAGAGGGAAGUGGCAGAUUUGAAUGUGAACAGUGUGGACGCAUUUUCAAACAUGCCAGUAGCUUGGCGUCACAUAAAAAGUCCCACGAAAUGGGUUCGUUCCAGUGCCCAGUGUGUACCAGAACACUGCCCAAUGCAGUAGCACUGAAGAACCACCUCCGCAUUCACACUCUGUCUCCUAGUGCACAAGCUGAAGAGGAGAAUGAGGAUGGUGUUGAUGAAGAUAGGGAAUAUGGUUUAGCACAAGAUCUUUCUGACACAGGUUUCCGGGGCCACCUGAACAGCAGCGGAAUGAUGCCGGGACACGACCACGACAAGCAGAAAUCGCCGGGAGCCGAAGAUGCUUGGGACAGACCAUUCAAGUGUGACCAGUGUGACAGGGCCUACCGGCACCACGGCAGCUUGGUCAACCACAAGAAGUCUCAUCAGGAAGGCACUUACAAGUGCUCCGUCUGUUACAAACAGUUUAGCAACCUGGCAGCCCUCAACGCCCAUGAGCGCACCCAUUCAAAGUUUAAACCCCCUGGAAUGUCCUUGGGGAGCCUGGUGCCUGAGACGUCGUCUGAACCUCGCCACCCUGUCCCCCAAACAGAUGAUAUUGCAGCUUGCUUUUGCCAUCUGUGCCAGGUUUCCCUGCCCAAUAAGACUGACUUUCAGGAGCACAUUCUGUUGCACAAUGCAGCGUCCUCUUCACUGGGGCUGACGCGUAGUUUUCCAGGGAUAGUGCCACAUAAUCUCGGCACUGUCCGUUCCUCAGCAGUCAAUCCCUACACCCCUGCACUUGGUGACCCUCUUCCACUUCCCCCCUUACCUGACAAACGUUACGAUCAGAUGCUAGGGCCUCCAGUCAGUAACGCUAUUUACACCUGUGCAUACUGUGGGUCUGGACAUCCUGACUUGGAGAGCCUCAAAAUUCACUACCUGACCCACGAACCUCACCCAACCACGCAUGCUCAAGAGGGGCCCUCUAUUCUGAAUUCCGAUGGCCUAGGGUCCAACUCCCAACCAUCUGUGUCCUCACCCAGUGGAGAGUCCAGAUCCCAGCAGCAGUCGUCAUCCAUUGAUGACGUUGACCGCAGAUUCAAGUGUCAAGAAUGUGGGAAAAGCUAUCGACACGCUGGAAGUCUCGUCAACCACAAGCGCUGCCAUCAGACCGGGCAUUACCAGUGCACCAUUUGCUGCAAGGAGUAUCCUCACCUUGCGGCCCUCCAAAGUCACCUGCGCAGUCACAAAACUCGGCCAAACUCUCAGGGCCUAAAUUCAGAAGGCGACUGGCUAUCAUCAGAGCCAAUAACAGGACUAGAGUCCCAGCAAAGCUUUGUGCAUUCUCAGGAUCAAGAGAAUGGCACCACAACCCCCAUCUCGCUCUCUGGUAAUCUUGGUGAUGCAGCCCAUUUUGUUUCCGACGGCGGCCAUAGCAGUGGCCUGGAUUCACUAGAGUUCCAUGACCGGUUUGAUGGCUCGCUUGCUCAGGGCAACUCCGGACACUCCCCUCUUCCACAAAACCAUCGGCAGGCAGACAGGCACAUGUGCUCUGAGCAGAGCAAUAUGUCUAAUGGUUACAUCGGCGGCAUGAGCUUCCACAGUUCAGGGGCUGCCUCUUUGCCAUCAGGUAGUGCCAACCUCAAAGAAAGCAGCCGCCAGCGACGUGGACAAGACCAGCAUUAUGGUGGAGGAGGAGGAAGCCAGGGAAGCAGCAAGAGAAUGGAGAGCAAAGAUGAUGACGGAGAAGUCUACCAGUGCACGGUUUGCGGGAACCACUAUGCUAGCCUUCGGGCUCUGCGUAGCCACCUGCGCAGCCAUGGUGUAAACCAAGGCGCAGGGCCUUCCUCUGCCCUCUCGCCCAUAGGUGAGCAAGAGUGGAGGAGGCGUCAAGAAGGUAGUCAUUCUGGUCUACUAAUCUGUUCUACCUGCGGCCAGAAUUUUACCAGAAAGCAGGACCUGCUCAAUCACCAGCUGGUCCACGGACCUCACCGACCAGACGGAUCUGCACAGGGCUUGGGGGGCAACAGCUCUAAUUCUAAUGGCAAAAUGGAUGGAAGGAACCACAUUUGCGUUGACUGUGGCAUGUUCUUUGCAGAUCGCCAUCACCUGAUCACUCACCUGUGUCCAGGGAAGGCAAGAGGCGGAUCCCUGAACAAAAACAUGAAUGGAGCCAAAGGGAUGACUGGUGGUGCUGGGACCAGCAGUGGUGUUGACCACCGGCAGAUGGCCGAUGACCGCCCCCACAAGUGUGACCAGUGCGGUAGAGGUUACAGGCAUCCUUGCUCCCUUCUCAACCACAAGAAAUCACACAAGACUGGGGUCUUCCGCUGCCUUGUCUGCCAAAAACGCUACUACAACCUGCUGGCUCUCAAGAACCACCAGAGGACUCAUUUUGACUUAAAGAGGCACAAGUGUGAGGAGUGUGGGAAAGCCUUCAAGAUCCAGAAACAGCUGAUCAAUCACCUACGUCUGCACGAAGAACACAGAGCCAAGACUGGGGUCCCUGACCAGCGCGUCCAAAGCAUGAACCAACACAACGGUGCGUGCUAUGAGGGGGGCCCAUCCCAGAUGCAGCCCAUGAGGAUGGGGGACCCCAAGAUGCAAAACCCUCAAAUGGCCCCCAGUUACGGCCAACCUCAAGGCUACAAGAAACCGUACGCUGGGGCAAGGGCACAGCAAGUGGAUGAUGGCAGUGGCCGGCGCCCCUUUGCCUGUGACCAGUGUGGACGCACUUACCGUCAUGCCGGCAGUUUGGCAAACCACAAGAACCUGCACAAGAUUGGAGAGUAUCACUGCAACAUGUGUAACUCCACCUAUCCAAACCGACUGGCCAUGAAGAAUCACCUCCGCAUGCAUUUCGCUCUGAAGAAGUACUCCUGCACCGACUGUGGCCGGGGCUUCAGGAACCAGAGGCAGCUUGAAACGCACACCGCCAACCAGCUGUGCAAAGACCUUCCAGGCCCCAGUGUGCCACCCCCACCACCUCCCAGUGUGUAUGAGUGCAACGGAUGCUCGGAUCGUUUCUCAACCACGACUGAGCUAGCCUCCCACAACUGCAGUGCCCAGCUCCCUUCCUCUUCAGCUUGUUCUUCAUCGGCCUCUCUGAACAGCUCCAGCUUGAGCAUGGAUGCCGUUGACCAGGGAUCCCCCGAGCGUGAGGAGCGACCCUUCACCUGCGACCUCUGUGGCUGCUCCUACAAGCAUGCCAGCAGCCUGCUGAACCACAAGAACACACACAAGACUGGGAACUUCAGCUGCUCCUACUGCGACAAGCCCUACACCAACUACAUGGCGCUACGCAACCACAUGCGCAUCCACACGCAGAAGAAGCGGCACAUCUGCUCCACCUGCGGGAAGGCCUUCCGGCUGGCGCGCUUCCUCCGCAACCACCAGAGGGUCCACGAGGAGGGCCACACCCGUUUCGGCUGCCCCACCUGCGGGAAGAGCUUCCAGGGUCGGUCUGGGCUGGCCAGGCACCGCUGCGGGGACAACCAGGUAGGCAUCGAGGGCAGGAGGAAGGCCACUUCAAGCACAAGAGAGGGAGAAGAGUGCCGGUUCACAUGUGAGCAAUGUGGCCGUUCCUACCGGCAUGCCAGCUCUCUCCUGAACCACAAGAACACCCACACAGUUGGCAUCUACCAUUGCGCCGUGUGCCUCAAGACCUACUCCAACCUGCUCGCCCUCAAGAACCAUCGCCGCAUUCAUUCGGAGACACGGAGGCACCGCUGCCCCGAAUGCGGCAAGGCCUUCCGUGUCUCCUCACAACUCCAGAACCACCGCCGUGUGCACCAGAAGGAGCGGGAGUUUGCCUGUACCAUGUGCCAGCGGAGCUUCCCCAGCCAGUCCAGCUUCCGGUUGCACUUGGAAAUGCAGCAUGGACGAGGCCACAAAUCCUCGCAUCAUCACCACCACCAUCAGCAUCAGCAGCAGCAACAGCAGCAGCAUCAUCACCCGGCGGUUUCAUCUGGAAGCUCUGACUUGGGCUGGGGCUCGGGACUCGAUCUGACAUUGAUGCAAGUGCAGGGACUGAACCCGAAUGGCUCCAGCCGCUCCUCCGGCCACCAGCAGCACCACCACCAGCAGCAGCAAGGCCGCAGCGAAACGGGCCGCAAAGCGCACGUCUGCGACCAGUGCGGGCGCGGCUACAGGCACGCCAGCUCCUUGCUGAACCACAAGAACAGCCACAAGGCGGGCACCUACUUCUGCAACUCCUGCCAGAAGGAAUUCUCCAACCUGAUGGCGUACAAAAACCACAGACGCAUCCACACAGAGCCCAAGCGCUACCAGUGCCCGGACUGCGGCAAAGCUUUCCGCGUCUCUACUCAGCUCAUCUGCCACCGGCGCAUUCACACCAAGGAGAAGCCCUUCUCGUGCCAGCAGUGCGAUAAGCGCUUCUCCAGCAAGUCCAACCUGCGCCACCACCAGAAGGUCCACUGGAACAGCUCGGCGCCCACCAGCACCAUCUCCAUGGGCGCCGCCAACUUCUUGGGUAUGCCCUCGGGGCCCUUUAUAUAAAGUUAGUGGUGGGAGUUUGGGGAAGAAGGACAUGUUUUUUGUUAUGGAGAUUAAUGCCAAGGUUUCUGGAGGUGCCAAAAAAAUUCCCUUGCCCCCAUCCUCCUCUCACUCCAUCUGUAGUUACCGUAGUGUUUGAGUUGAGGCUGUAAGGUUUUCCUCUUCUGUUUUCCUGUUCUGUUGUUUUCGUUGAGCAGGUUGUCGUCUAGGUUUAGAGGACUACCCCUCCAUCUCUCCCCGUACGUUCUUGGAGACACUGAAUAAAACAAGGACACGGACCAUUAUGUCAUUUAAGACAGUCUUAGGCUGACAUGGCAUACAAGCCACUCACCUCCAUUCAUUUUAAACACUGCAGCUGACCUUACUUGCAUUGUUUCGUCGCUUGAUUUACCUGGUUUACCUGGGAGGUGCUUGGGCGCCCGCCCUCCGUUCUUGAACCCAAGGUGAUCGUUUGCUCAGCGUAGUAACUGAAGGCUUACUGUUUUAAGCUUGAUUGAACUUGAACUCUGGCUUGAUGGAGGACUACAUUUCACAUUGGACUGUCGAUAGGUCAGAUACAUUUUCCGUUGUCAGGGUCAGUAUUGAGGGAGAGAUCGCUGUAGGUUCAGCUGAGGUCAGUGAAUCGGACCCCAUCGAUUGACCCGCGCAGCUUAGGUCACUUUUUUUUUAUGGGAGGCUUAUUUAGGACUUCUUUGUUUGGCCCAAAUUGGGCACUUCUGAGAGGUCUUUCACUGUGCGUUAUGCUUUAUUCAUUAUCAUCUGCAUUAAUGCACUAUUUCUGUUAGAAAAUCACUAAUAAUUGCAUUGUUAGUUGUAAUAAUGCGCAAUAAAACUCUUAAGACAUUGUUAAGCAAAUUGUUGAUUCCAGUAGUUAUAAAUUAUUGAAAGCUUUGGUGCUUUUUGGCAUCUAAUGGAGCCUGAAAUGGUGACGUGCUAGACGUGCAUUGGUUCUAGUGUAAUAAACUGAAAUAAAACUCAGAAUUUGAUUCCUCUAUAAGGAAAGCUGCCGAUUAUCAAACGCACACUAAUGUGUGUGAAUUUAGUUGAUAAUUCAUAACUGAGUAUUUUGUUUAACAGUGUCUUAAGAGUGUUGUGUAUUAUUAUUAUUAUUAUUAUUGUCAACAAAUAAUGCAGUUAUUGGCGAAUUUCACAAGAAAGACCUCCAGUUAGGUUUCACUGAACAAAGACCAGAAUAAACCUCCGUAUCGCUGUUGCCAGGAGUAGAUCUCCAAAAUGGUAACUUUACAGGAGAAGGAAAAAACCCCACUUUACUUUUAAUGUAAGUCAAUGGAACCAAGUAAUUUUGGGCCGUUUCUUUUGGGCCAUUCAUCGUGAAAUUUACGGACAACAUGAAGAGCAACAGGCGUUUUCAGAAUGUUUCAAAAACUGAAAAACGACAGAAACGGAGAUGCAAGGUUUUCUUCCGACAGCAGCGAAAUACCAGUUCCUUAGAGUAAAGAGUUUCCGGUCAGGUCGUUCAGGCAUCUGCACUCAUGUUAAAAAUCCAGACUCAUCCACCAUCCCAUCUCCAUCUCCAUCCCCCCCCCCCCCCCGGUCACCUUAAAACAUUCAGUCUGAUAUUAGACAAAUAAAUCAUAUUCACUGACUUUCAAAUAAAAUAAAAAUAAAAUGAACAAGAUUGAUGAGCCUGUAUGUGUAGGGUGUAGGUCUGACAGUAUAUAGUUCGUAUUUUUGAGAACUGACUGCAGGUCCCCAUGUUGUGUAGAACUCUCAAGGGUGUCUCUUCUUUUUCCCGGUUCUCCUUCUGAUGUUCUAAUUUGUUUCUAACUUGUGUGUCUCUUGCAGCACGAAGAUGAGCUUCAAACCUUAUUAUUCUGCAGAUGACAGCAGCGUUGCGCUGUAUGGGUUCACUUCUUUGCGGCAUCGUUUUUUUUUUUGUUUGUUUUUGUUUUUUUGUUUGUUUUUUUGCGCGUUCCCCUCCUGUACGUUUUCAAGACGUUGCUCAUUUUCCGGUCACCGCGCCUGAGUAGCUAGUGUAUAGAUACAGUAGGUUGUGCUUCGAGGAGACAAAAAAAAAAAGAAAAACAAGCAAAAGAAAAAGCAAAACAGGGGAAAAAUGUAUAUUGAUAGGCUUGUACUGGCAUUUGGUUUUACCUUGUAUUGUAUCGUAUUUCUGACUGUAUUAUUUACAGGAAGACUUUUAUAAAUGAAAAAAAAAGGAUCACUGUAGUAUGCAUUUUAUUUAUAUUAACCCUUGUAACCGAAGACGCUAGUUUUAGGACCUCCCUGUCGUAGGAGCUCUGUUCCAGACACUUCCUUGCUUCUUUUUUUUUUUUUUUUUAAAUGCGUUUUGACCGAUGAAUCCUUCAUAUACAAUUGACACGGAGUCGAGGAUGUGACCGGGCUCCUGAAGAACACUCGUUAUAGUGACUGUAAUCUCCAUAUUUCACUUUUCGUUUGUUAUUUUAUGCUUUUAAAACCUUGUACAAUAGACAGGGAGCUGUACUGUGUGUGGUUUUGUUUCUUUUUCUUUUUUUUAAAUUUUUUUGUUUUGUUUUUAUUUUCCCGAUUGCAGUACGAUGAGUGUAAAGAUAUCACUGUAUUGUUAUGCCUUCCUCACGUGAUGUCGUGAAAAGUCCCGCCCCCUUCCCAUGUCAAGAUUGGAUGUGCCUCUGUCUCAUGCUAUAAAGCUCACACACCGUUUAAGGGAUGAUUUUUGUGAACAUUACAAUCACUUGGGCAAUCUCGUUCUAACUUUCUUUUCUUUUUGUUAUGGUAUCCCUUGUAUUUAUUAGUAUCCUUUUUUUUUAUUUAAAUGCAUUUGACUAUUUCAAGCUCAUUGAACCUAUAUGACCAGGGAGCACUGGUGCUAGUAAGUCCAUUCUAUUUUGAGUGAAAGUGAAGUCGUAAGGACAAGUGAUAUGACUAGAGCACAGGAAGAUUGUGUGUGUGUAUAUACAUAUGUGUGUAUAUAUAUAUAUACAUAUACAUAUAUGUGUAUGUGUAUAUAUAUAUGUAUAUAUAUAUAUUCCUAUAACCUGCAAUUAGGGUGGAAGAAAAAGCUAAACUAUAUAACAAACUAGGUGCAUUAAUUUGGGAAGGAUUGACUUUGAACGAAUAAGAAUUAUUAUGUAAGUUUAACCUUUUCUUUUCCCUCUUUCAUGCAUAUAUAUGUACUGCUGACUAUACACUUUUUUUAAACUACAUUUUGAUAAUUCAUUUCCUAACAGAACUUGUUUGGAUUAUAACCUUAAUGCUCUCAAGUAAUGAAAAUAAAUAGCUGAAAAACAAAA